GCGAGAGUCGCUGUGGUUCGGGAUUUGCUGCUCGAAAUAUUAUCCCGCCGUCAGCCUGUUGCUUGAAACGGGCUUGUAACAGAAAAGUCUGCCCCAAUUUCCAGGCCUCCAGCGACAAUUCACGUAACGUGAAAGGACAAGGAGGACGAGUUACACCCUGUUCAAGCAACGUUUCCCGUUCUGAGGGAACUGAGAAUGCGUCAGGCGCCUUUUCGGUAAGGUUUGUCCGCCGUGUGUUGUGUCCGAAGUGGGGAGGGCAGUUGUUACUCGCUCGACUAGGCUGCUGACGACAUUUGUUGCCAAACGUCUUUAUUUUGGGAGGAGCUGUGGGAAAUACCAAGCUGACUCAUCGCCGCGAUGUUUUACCCUACCACCUGCAGUAUUCCAUCACCCCCCACACCCAGCAGCGAGCGUUACUUGCGGAGGAAAUAGUUUCUGUGUGGAAAUUUCUGUCCUGGGAGACCGAUAUCGACACGGGUGCAUGCGGGACCAGUUCUUUGACCGGUUGUUCAUGUUGAUCCGAUAAAGGGAACCAAAGCGUCCGUCGUACCAAGACUGGCUUAUUCACGGCAAAAGAGUAUUUAUUACUCCCCACCCUGACACACAACCAAUUGAGUCAUUUGGUGAGCAUUCGAGGAAGUCGAGGGGGAUCUUUGUCGUCUGUAUUUUACAGGAUUUGCCAGUUCUCCAAGAUCUCCGGGUGGACACGCAGGGAUGUGUGCCUGAGGAUCCACCGAAAAAUCACCACACGGACUCGUCAUUAAUAAGCCAGCAUGAUGCCAGCGCCGGUAAUCCUGAGGGUGUACCUCAGCAACAAUAACCUGACUGUAGCAGAGGUGCCCAUCACACCAGAGACAACCUGCCGGGAUGUAGUGGACUGCUGCAAGGAGCCUGGAGAAGUCAACUGUCAUCUGGCCGAGCACUGGAGGGGCAGCGAACGACCAGUGGGUGACGACGAGCGUCCGUUUGACAUCCUGCAGCAGUGGGGGAUCCACAGGGACGAGGUGAAGUUCUACCUACGACACGAGGGAAACAUGCCUACUGCUAACGGUGGAGAACAAGGAUCCAGGCAGCCCAAGAAGAAGAACGGAGUGAAGGAGGCCAGCCCCGAGAGCCAGCUGCCUCCUGGGCUGGACCUGACGCUGGCAGACCUUCAGGAGAUGGCCACCAGGCAGCAGCAGCAGAUUGAGAGCCAGCAGCAAAUGUUGGUCGCAAAGGAACAGAGACUGAAAUUCCUCAAACAGCAAGAUAAGGCCCAGCAAGAAAUGGCGGAAGAAAACGAGAGAUUGCGUAUGCUGCGAGACAAGGUGGAGAGCCAGGAGAUGAAACUGCGCAAACUCAGGUCACUGCGGGGGCAGGCGGAGCAGCAGAGAACCACCAACUCUAACUUGUCGUCAGAGCUGGAGUCGGUGCGUCAGCUGUUCUCGGAGAAGCAGAAGGAGCUGGCGGCGGCGGUGUCGCGCGUGGACGGGCUGACCAAACAGCUGGAAGACCUGCGGACGGGGAAGGUGAAUGGGUACAACGGGGACAUCUCGCAUGCGGCGUCCAUGGCAGCGGAACUGGAAAGGCUCAGGAAAGAGCUGAUGAUUCGGAACAGGCUGAACGACCAGCAAAAUGCCAAACUGCAAGCACAGAGGGAGUCCCUCAACCAGCGAAACAACGAAAUGUCCUACAUGGACAAGAGAAUAGCCGAGCUGACAGACAGGCUCAGGAAAAAGAAAGCCGCUCAGCAGCAGCGACAGCCGAACAAGGCGAGCCAGAACGAAGGUGAGACUAAGAGUCAGGCAGGAAAGGCACAGAACAUUGCGGCUGUGGAACCGUACAUUCAGCAACCCAAACAGUCGAGGGACAACCUGAAGCCCAAUGGUAGGGCCUACACAGAGCCAAUCAAGGAAAUGCCAAAUGAUGGUGACCUGAAGCAGGGGAAUUACCUGCCCAACGGAGGACUACCAGUCAUGCCAACCCACUUUACCCCCGAGAAAAGCAAUUUCACUCCUUCCAAGGGGCAUUCUGAAGCCUAUGCAGUAAUGGAAGAAACCCUUAAGUCUGUGGAAGGAGAACCAUCUCAACUUAAGUCUCCCUAUGGAAAGGGACAGUCACCAAAGUCAAAGGACUAUGGUAUAGGACUUAGCCUGGCACCCAGGCCUUUUGUUCCUGGAGGGUCAACAUUGAAAUCAUAUGGUUCGGACUCUUCUAUGAGUAGCCAAGCCAGUGGAAGGGGUCAGCCUGAAGGUGUGAAUGAGAACAGUGCUCGAAGCUCCCCUGUGGUAGAGGGAAGGGCUGUAAACGGUCAGGGAAACAACCACAUAGCAACACAGAAUUCUAGGCCAAAUUAUUUGAAUGUGGAAGGUGCGACAGUGGGCCGACUUAGUCCCCAACUUGAGCGCAAACCAAAGGAGGGAGGGUUGUAUGCGAGCAAAGAUAGACCCCACUCGAGUUACGAGCUGCUAGACAUGAUUAGAGAACAGGACUCGGCUGCAAUGAGGAAAAACUACCACAGUUCGGGUGACUUGCCCGGAGAUUCACAAAGGGAACAGGGUUUGUCGAAGAAGACACCCCCGAAAACGAGGCCCAAACCAUCAAACGGCCACAAAAACAGUAGCCAGACAGAUGGACCUUCAGGCAAAUUAGAUACCUCACCAAAAGCCCUCGAUACAGCUCUUGCUAUCCUUAAAGGAGGCAACAGACCAGCAGUGACAAGCUCUGGGUACACGUCGUACAGGUCAGGGCCUCAUGUAACAAGGGCUGGCUUCACGUCCCCAACAACAAACGACGUCAUGUCGUUCCCAUCACCUGGUCAGCAGCAGGGCAGGACGGACAAGUCGGUGGUGAGGGCAGGUGGAGAGGGCUCCCAGACACUGCGACCCUUCUCCUCCACAGCCUCUCAAGGAGGGAAGAUAGAGUCACCGACGGCAACCGUACGACCCCUCCCUCAGGACGGGCAGGGUGGGAUGGAAGCCCAUGCUCCAGUGUCCUCACAAACUGUGCCAUACCCACCGAUCCAGGGACAGACAGGCCCAUACUCACCUGUGUCAACCGUCGUGACUGGGCCUUUCCCACCGGCAUCAGCACACGGAGGCCAGCCUGUCAGGUCACCGUCUCCCACCAAACAGGGUUACUACCAACAGGAACCUUCCCCCUCACAAACUGGCCAGCCCCCUGACUCCAGGGAAAGGCCACCCUCGCCCAGGAAGCAGCCUCCUCAGUACACGGGGCCUCAGCAUCCUGCAGAAGGGAGCCAGCAGAGGCCACCAUCUCCCAGGAAGUACUCCAGUCCUCCCAGCUCUCAGAGCAGCCCUCCCACGUCCCAGGCAGGACAGAGUGCCUCCCCCGAGUAUCUCCACCCAGAUGAUUCUGUACAGACGAGGCAGAAAAGCGAGGAAUUCCAGGAUGAUUCGUUUGAUGCCAGGCGCCCGGUCAGCCCCACCAAGCACCUCACGCCCAAGCCGGGCAGUGCCUACGAAAGGCUCUUUCCCAACGCCGACCCUGAGAAGAUCCGGAGGAUAGCCCACGCACCUCGCCCGCUCAGAAAGAGACACUCCUUCAAUGAAGGCGAGGGGCCUCCAGCCCAGCAGCAAUACUACCGGGGGAGCCCACCGGCACACCCGGCCACCCAGGGGCCUCCUCCAGCUUACCCAAGCUCCCCAAAACCCCAGGAACAAGAGAGCCCGCCUAGUCCUCAGUACAGCAGCCCAGCUCCGGAUACACAACAGCAGAACGUUUCUCCCACCAGAGAAACACCACCAGAGCAGGGACAGAACGUUGCACAGAACAACGGGCAGACCUCACCCCAACAACAGCCGCCGCCAUCAUCGCCCCAGCAGCCUCCGCAGCAGCCCCGCAGUCCACCACCCAACCAGCAAACCAAACCUAUGCAACCUGAGAAGAAGAGCAACCUGAAGGGCAGGAACGGGGUGAAGCCCAAACGGAACGUCAGGUUUGACCCGCUGGCUCUGCUGCUGGACGCUUCGCUGGAGGGAGAGUUUGACUUGGUGCAGGACAUCAUCAACCAGGUGGAGAACCCCAGUGGCUCCAAUGACGAGGGGAUCACGGCGCUGCAUAAUGCCAUCUGUGCCGGCUACCACGACAUCGUCACCUUCCUGGUGGAGUACGGCUGCGACGUCAACUCACAGGACAGUGAUGGAUGGACCCCUCUCCACUGUGCAGCGUCCUGUAACAACAUGCCGAUGGUGGAGCUGCUGGUGACGAGCGGAGCCUGCAUCUUCGCCACGACCAUCAGCGACGUGGAGACGGCAGCCGAGAAGUGUGAGGAGCUGGAGGACGGGUACACCGGCUGCUCCGAGUACCUGUAUGGUAUCCAAGAGAAGAUGGGGAUCGUCAACGGAGGACUAGUCUAUGCCCUGUUCGACUACGAAGCCGAGGAGUCAGAUGAACUCUCAUUCAGGGAGGGGGAACCCCUCUACAUCCUGCGCAAAGGCGACGCUGACGAGAUCGAGUGGUGGUGGGCACGCAGCCAGGAGGGGAAGGAGGGAUAUGUAGCCAGGAACUUACUUGGGAUGUCCCCAAGAAUUCCGCAAAAACGACCUUGAGGCAGACCCGAAGAAAUCAUGACAGCACAACCAACCAACAGACUUGCCAACUCCUGCAGUUUUACUGAACAGCCGUGUGUUUGCUAGCAAGAGUAGAGAGAGCUUUUUUGUUUUUCUUUUAAAGAUGUGAGCCGGUUGAAGAUAGCAUGGAAGAAGGAAAGUGAGCUGUGCUGGUGUAUUUUGGUUUGAAUCUGAUAGAGGGAGCUUCUGAUAUGUAAAGAAAGAAUUGGGAGGUUAUGGCAGGGAAGGAUUGUUAGAAUGCAGCUUUGUUGUAAAGAACGCAUGCUGAUUGUUGUGUCUGAGAGUGGCUGUAUGUAACUUGUGCUAAAAUAACAUGGAUUUUAAAAAGAACAGCAUUUCAUGCAACCAUGAAUUUUAAUGAAAAAUUCUUUAGGAUUUCAUGACUUCGUGAGAAGAAAGUGCAAUUCAUUUGCUGCAGAAGUGUGAUGCCAUCUCAUUUUCCUUGCAUGAAUUUCCUGGUUGUACUGUUUCCUGUUUGUGUAAGGGAGCAUUUCCCUGUGUACAGUUGUCCAGAAAUAUGUCUUAUGUUAUGAACUUGUGUAUAUAUGCAGCUGUGUAGCCAGGGGCGGUAGCAGAAUAACUUUUGUAUCAUCAUAUUUAUCAAUUGUAUUUAACUAGCAGCACAUAAUACUGGUGUAGUAGGGCCUACAAACUCGUAGUACACGCCUUUUUAUUUAUUCUGCUUUGUAGUAGCUGGAGCUAGUUUGGUGAUGAGAAGACCUUGCCGGUAGCGAUCCUGGCAAAACCCACCGUGUAUGAUAUUGAAGUAGCUGAUCGUGACAGAAUUCUGGAUCUGAAUCAAUUCUAAUAGGUUGAGUCGGGGACAAGUUGUAUCAUGUGAUCACGACAAAGAAUGUCGAAUUCUAAAUGUAUGAUUCCAAGGCACCCAUGAGAUCAUGUGACUGUACAAUAAAUGAAGCCUGGAGAAG